UAUCCACCCCCAACUCGCCGAUCCAAAAAUCUAACGCGGUUUUCUCCCUUGCUGCCUCCCCACCUCUUUCUUGUUCCCGUCCCCUCCCUUGAUUCUAGAUCUCGCGACGGAAGAACCCUAGACCAAGAAUCCAAGAUCCGGAGGUCGUCCAUGGAGAUCUCGUUCCCGAUCUCCUGAUCUGGUUGCUGGAUCUCUCGGGGGGGGGGGGGGGGGAAAGCGGUCGGAGGAGAUGGACGCGGUGUCGAUCCGGGUGCCGUACCGGCACCUGAACGACGCGGAGCUGGAGCUCGUCGCCUUGGGAGAUCCCAACGGCGAGAUCGAUGAAUCCAGGGGUGGCGGGCGGAGCCGCCCCGUUUCUUCCUCCUCUCCUCCUCCUUCUUCUUCUGUUCAUUCCGAUUCAUCUCCUCGGUCGAUUCAGAGGAGUAGCCUUAAGACGCUGAUUCUUAGCUGCAUGGUUGGAGCUGGUGUGCAGUUCGGGUGGGCGCUGCAGCUCUCGCUCUUGACUCCUUAUAUCCAGACUUUAGGAAUAAAGCAUGCCUUCUCUUCAUUCAUUUGGCUCUGUGGGCCUAUUACCGGCUUUGUAGUUCAACCAUGUGUUGGUAUAUGGAGUGAUAAAUGCCAUUCAAAAUAUGGAAGGAGGCGACCGUUUAUUUUAGCUGGAUGUCUCAUGAUAUCUCUAGCUGUGACGUUAAUAGGAUUUUCUGCUGACGUUGGAUAUCUUCUAGGCGACACAAAGGAGCAUUGCAGUACUUACAACGGUCCCCGGUAUCGAGCAGCAGCUGUUUUUGUUAUUGGCUUUUGGAUGCUGGAUCUUGCUAACAACACAGUGCAGGGUCCGGCCCGAGCUCUUUUGGCUGAUCUUGCAGGUCCUGACCAACGUAAUUCUGCAAAUGCAAUAUUUUGUUCAUGGAUGGCUCUUGGAAAUAUUCUCGGGUUUUCAUCUGGUGCAAGUGGAAAUUGGCACAGGUGGUUUCCCUUUCUGACAACAAAAGCCUGCUGUGAAGUUUGUGGAAAUUUAAAGGCAGCCUUCUUAGUUGCUGUGGCCUUCCUUAUGUUCUGUAUGCUUGUUACUCUAUAUUUUGCUAAGGAAGUCCCUCUGGAAGCAAGACCUGCACAGCACUUAUCUGACUCCUCUCCUCUACUCAAUAAUUCUCUGCAACGUGACCAUGAAUCAUCACAGGCAAAUUUGGGGAAGCAAGACAGUGGUCGAGGUUCUGAAAUCUUGGGCAAAGCUAACUCUGAUGGUCAUUUGGAUUUUAGUUCCGACGUUGACCAGGACCAUAUUGAAGCCUUUAGGGAUGGACCUGGCUCGGUCUUGAUUAAUAUUCUAACAAGUUUGAGGCAUCUACCGUCUGGAAUGCAUUCAGUGCUUCUUGUCAUGGCUCUUACCUGGGCGUCAUGGUUUCCAUUUUUCCUUUUUGACACUGAUUGGAUGGGACGUGAAGUCUACCAUGGGAAUCCAAAUGGGGACCCAUCUGAAAGUCUUGCUUAUCAUAAAGGUGUCAGAGAAGGUGCAUUUGGUUUGCUAUUGAAUUCAGUUGUCCUUGGGGUUAGCUCGCUCCUCAUUGACCCAAUGUGUCGAAGAAUGGGUGCAAGAUUUGUUUGGGCUAUGAGCAACUUUAUUGUGUUCAUCUGCAUGGCAGCCACAACGAUCACAAGUUUGUUGUCCAUCAGUCAACACUCUAAUGGAAUUCAGCAUGUUAUUGGAGAGAAUACAGCAAUCAAAAUUGCAGCAUUGGUUAUAUUUUCGAUUCUUGGCUUUCCUCUCGCUAUUACAUAUAGCGUGCCAUUCUCUGUGACUGCAGAUUUGACUGCUGAUACAGGAGGUGGACAAGGAUUGGCUACUGGGGUUCUAAAUCUUGCAAUUGUUAUUCCUCAGAUGAUUGUAUCCCUUGGGGCAGGCCCCUGGGACGCUCUCUUUGGAGGAGGGAACAUUCCUGCCUUUGCUAUAGCUUCUGUCUUUGCCCUCGCGGCAGGCAUUCUUGCAUUUCUAAAGCUGCCAAGGCUUUCAAAUUCCUACAGUUCAGCUGGCUUGCAUGGAUUUGGGUGAUUUCCUACUCAACACAACAUUACAUAUUUCAGAAGUUUGUAAAUUAGCCUCCACAUCUCAUUCAUAUUCAUUCACAUCAAUUCUGUUUUUGCCUACAAUAAUAUUUCGUGGGUAUGUCAUUUUUUUUGUUUUGACCAGUAAGAUGUUGCUGUGAGAGUAUAGAUUCAUGUGCAUGCUAAUAAGCAGAUCACUUAAAGUUUGUAUCGUCACCACCACGGCCUUGGCUUACAUAUACUCUUUAAAUCUUGUGCCUAAUUAUUUGGUGCUCCAUGGCCUACAAAACAA